CUAAGCCUAGAUAAAAAAAAGUGUUGUGGUAGAUUGAUAACCAACGUAAAACUUGUCAGUUCAUCAUGUUAUUUCAAGUUAGUGGAACAUACUUGAUAGCAAUAGGUUUGUACAUGUCUUGUAACUUAGAAGUUAAAACUACACAAUGAUAGUGAUGGGAGAGAAGACUUAUACUAUCAGCAUAUAGAAGUUAAAACUCUACAUUUUGCAUUAUUCAUUUUAAGUGUCAAUUUUUCCAUUGGCCUAAAAGUUUCUGAUUGAGAAUGAUAUGUGGUUUGUGAUAGUAGACUUUGACAACAUAUUGUGCUUUUGUACAUUUAGUGUGGAAAUAGGAAAAGUCUUAGGAAACCAAAAAGAUGAGUAACAGCAGCAGCAGCAGAAGAAAUUUGCAAUAUCUUGUUCGUAUAAUUCUAGUUAUUCUUCGUUUUAUUGAUACAGGAUUAUGUAGUGAAGUGGAUAACAUAACCAGCACUCAAUCUCUGAGUGAUCCUGGAAUGUUAUCGUCUCCAGGAGGCGUAUUCAAGUUAGGAUUUUUCAGUCUUUGGUACAAUUUUUCUGUAACAACUGUCAUUUGGGUGGCUAAUAGAGACAAACCUUUAAGAGAUUCUUCUGGUGUUGUAAAGAUAUCUCGUGGUGGAAAUAUCGUUAUAACGAAUGGAGAGGAGGAGAUUCUUUGGUCAUCAAAUGGUUCAACUUCUCAGGUAAACUCAAAUGGCCUUCUCCAAGAUUCUGGGAACUUUGUACUCGUUGAUCAUCGGGACAAUAUGACCACAAUAUGGCAGCGUUUUGAACAUCCUUCUGAUUCAACUAUUCCUAGAAUGAGAAUAAGUGAAAAUACAAAGACAGGGGAGAUGGUUGAAGCAAGAUCUUGGAGAAGUCCUUCGGAUCCUAAUAUCGUAGACUUUUCUUUAAGAAUGAACGCUCGAGUCUUUUCUCAGGUGUAUAUAUGGAAAGGAAGGCGUCCCUAUUGGCAUACUGGUCUAUGGAAUGGACAGAUCUUUAUAGGAGUGCAGAAUAUGUAUUCUGUGGUGUCUGAUGGAUUUGAUGUAGUGAAUGAUCGCGAAGGUGUUGUAUAUUUUACUGGACCUGUUCGUGAUAAUUUGUUCAGGAAAUUAGUCUUGGAUUGGAUAGGGAACUUCGUUCAAUCAAUUUGGGAUGUGAAUGAGACGAACUGGAAGAUAAUAUGGUCAGCUCUCAAUAACGACUGUGAAGUUUAUGGAACGUGUGGUCCAUUUGGGAGCUGCAAUUAUUUGGAGUCACCCGUCUGUUCUUGUCUGAGAGGUUUUGAGCCAAAGCACAGGGAAGAAUGGCAAAAGGGGAAUUGGACUAGUGGUUGUAUUAGGAGGAGUGCUUUGCAAUGCCAAGUUAAGAAUAACACCGCGUAUUCAAGUAAAGAGGACGGAUUUAUAAAGAUGGAGUUGAUGAAAUUGCCUGAUUUUGCUGAAACGUCAUCUACUACAGAAGACUUAUAUAGAAUCCAGUGCUUGAGGAAUUGUUCCUGCAUAGGGUAUGCAUUUGAUUCAAGUAUCGGUUGUAUGUCGUGGAGUAAAAUGAUUGACAUUCAGCAGUUUCAAAGCUUGGGAAAUGAUCUCUAUAUUCACGUGCACAUUCAGAGCUUGGUAAGUAUUCUGGUGCUGAAUAAAAAAGACUCAUUGUCAGUCAUUUGAGAUAGACAUAAUACAUAAACGUGCCCUUUUACUUGGCCUCAACUCACAUCUACGCUCUCAUGCACACUCAAAGUUGGAUGGCAUGGAUGUCAGCAAAGGCCAAAUCAAAAGACACAUUUAUGCCUUUGAGAUACGUUCGACUUAAUUGAAUUAAAGAACUGAUAUUUGUUGACCUUUAGUGUUUUCUGCAGAUAAUGGUAAUGACAUUAAGAAAAUCGUAAUUACAGUAAUCGUUGGUUGUCUUACACUCUGUGUUUCUCUGUUCCUUCACUACACAAAGGUGAUCAGACGUAGAGGAGUGAAAAGAGAGGAGGUAGCUUUACUUGGUAACAGAAGUCCAGUUAAUAUGCAAGAAUUACCAGUCUUCAGCCUCGAUACGAUUGCAAAUGCAACAUCCCAAUUCAAUGAAGAUAAUAAGCUUGGGGAAAUUGCAAGAUGGGAAAGAAAUAGCUGUCAAGAGGCUUUUCAAAAGCAUCGAAACAAGGGCUAGAGGAGUUCAAGAUUGAAGAUAAUUCAUAGAGAUCUAAAGCCAAGUAACAUCUUGCUCGAUAAUAACUUCAAUCCAAAGAUCUCAGAUUUUGGCAUGGCUAUAGGAUUUUCGGAUCUGAUCAAGAUCAAGCAGACACAAUGAGAGUAGCUGGUACUUAUGGAUACAUGGCACCCGAAUAUGCAAUGGAAGGAAGAUUCUCUGAGAAAUCUGAUGUUUUCAGCUUUGGAGUUCUCGUCUUAGAGAUCAUAAGUGGUCGAAAAAGUACAAGUUCUUGGAAUGAGACAUCCUCUUUGAGCC